AUGGUGUCUACGCUAAGGGAACUACGGUUAGAAUAUGUGCUUUUUGAGCCAUGUGCAAACAUUCGUCGAUCAAAGGCUGCCUUUGAGAUUGCUCGUUUCGAUGGGAAGAACUACCUUCUCUGGGCAGAACAGAUGCAGUCUAUACCAAAGCAUUUUUCAGAUGGAGCAUCUGCUGUCCGAGCCAUGCCCAAGAUCAGAGGCUGCUUUUGA